CCUGGGGCAACGAGGUUUCAUGAGAUUCAGAAACUGUGGGGAGACAGGACUGGCUCUGCUCCGGCUGCGAAAAAGAGUGGAGAUGUCAUGUCCAUGUCAGUCGACUCACUUCCCAUGAAAGAAGCCUCGUCUAUUGGAAUACUUCGAAAGGGGUUCCAGGAAACCGAAUCCCAUCACAUGAACGGAGCCCAAGAAAACGCCCUCGGGGAAAUCCAAGAAGCCUCAGUCGGCGAACUCAAGAGCGAAAUCCGAACCCUGAAAGGUGCCCUUAAAGAGAAGGACUUCAAGAUCCACAGCUUGGAACGAGAAGUGACCGAGUUGAAGAAGAGACUGGAUCAGGUUCAAGUCCAAUUUGCCCAACAACGGAACAAGUCGUCGAGCGACAAUGAUCACGAUAGCAUCAUGGAAACUGCCUAACGCGCAAAAAAAAAAAAACCCAAUUUAAAUAUUUACCAUUCCUAUAGCCCCCCGAAUUUUUGACUAUCAUUCCGAUU